CCGUACUGCUCAUGCUCGGGGCUUUGUGCAGGAGUUUCCCCGUCAGAGAGCAGCUGUGGACCGGAGAGCCGGAGCCGACAGCAGAGAGAAGCUCCGCUCCGAGGGAGCUGCGGCUGUCGCAUCUUCUGAUAACAGAGCCGGGCGGAGAGGGCUUUGUCUUUGUCUGGGAGCACAUCCAGCGGCGGAUCAUCUCUGCUCCGUGGUUUUAUUCCAUCUCCGGGAUUACAGUCUUGGACGCUGGCACGGAGUCAUCCGGUCACGGUCGUGUGUUUACAUCGGAACCUUGACCACGGUGGAAGUUGUCUGCUGGACUCGUGCGGAGCGGACGAGCCGUAGAGCGCGUUACGCGGUUUUUCUGUUUCGGUCCCUUGGAACGGAUGGCUCCGACUGGAACCGUACAGUGUUUUUAAGGUCUAAAGUGUCUCUACCAAAGUUUCAUGUCUUUGUCCUAUCCCGCCCCCUUUUCCAAAACGUUUGGCAUGUUCUGACGGCGCGUAAUUACUGUUUUCCUGCGCCCUUCCCACAAGCGUCACAGGUAGGCUACCUGAGUCUGCCAACACAGAUGAUGACAGCAGAUCACCUCGCAGCCUGAGGUGACGGCUCGUCUUCUGAAUCGGGGCUGCAGCCUGUCAAAAACAAACACUCCGCGUCCAUCAUGUAUGAUGUUGGGGGCAGCGAUCUAUGCGCCUGGGCGAAGUCGUCCAAAAGGAGCGCCCAGGACGUCUUGAAAACAUACCUGGGAGUCUUUGUGAUGCUUCAGCUCGUGCUUCACACGGAGGCUUCCUCUCUGUCAAAGUCCUGCGAUAAAAACUGUUUUUCAGGGAAGUGCAUCAACGGGAGCUGCAUGUGCGACCACGGAUGGGUGGGGGAUCAGUGCCAGCACUGUCAGGGAAGAUUCAAGCUAACAGACCUGUCAGGCUCUCUCACAGAUGGACCAGUCAACUAUAAGUACAAGACCAAAUGCACUUGGCUAAUAGAGGGAUAUCCUAAUGCAGUACUCAGGCUUCGCUUCAAUCACUUUGCCACGGAGUGCAGCUGGGACCACAUGUACGUCUAUGAUGGAGACUCCAUUUACGCGCCUUUGAUUGCAGUCUUCAGUGGUCUAGUGGUGCCCGAGACCAGGGGUAACGAGACAGUCCCGGAGGUUGUAACGACGUCGGGCUACGCUCUGCUUCACUUCUUCAGCGAUGCUGCUUACAACCUGACCGGCUUCAGCAUCGCCUACUCGAUAAACUCUUGUCCCAACAACUGUUCGGGCCACGGCAGAUGCAGCACGGCGAACUCCGUCUCGGGUCGGGUGUACUGCGAGUGUGAGGACUACUGGAAAGGAGAAGCCUGCGACAUCCCGUACUGCAGGGCUAACUGUGGCAGCCCGGAUCACGGCUACUGUGACCUGACCGGAGAAAAGCUCUGUGUCUGCAACGACAGCUGGCAAGGUCCAGACUGCUCUCUGUCCGUCCCCUCCACUGAGGCCUUCUGGAUGCUGCCCAGCGUCAAACCAUCAGCUCAGUCUCUGGGCCGAGCGUCCCAUCAGGCUCUGGUGCACUCUGGGCUGAUGUGGGUGGUGGGAGGCUACUCGUUCAACUACUCCAACUACCACAUGGUGAUCAACUACAACCUGGAGACCAGCACGUGGGAUGUGGUGCCCGUCAGCAGCAGCCCCCUCUACAGAUACGGUCACUCAUUGGCUCUGUACCAGGAUGACAUCUACAUGUUUGGUGGGAAGCUGGAGGCAAAAUCAGCCAAUGUGACGGACGAGCUGUGGGUGUUCAACAUCCCCCGACGCACCUGGUCAUUACGGAAGCCGGCCCCGCCUCCUCCGUACGCCCUGGAGGGGCACACCGCCCACGUGGUGGAGCUGGCUGACGGCGAGCCGGUGAUGCUGAUCUUCUUUGGCUACUCGCCCAUCUACAGCUACAUCAACAAAGUUCAGGAGUACAACAUCAAGUCCAACUCGUGGCAGGUUGUGCCUGCUGGAGGUGCGGUGGUCCAAGGAGGUUACGGCCACAGCAGCGCGUACGACGAGGCCAGCGGCUGCGUGUUCGUCCACGGGGGAUACAAGGCGCUUAGCAACAACAAAUACGGCCUGGUGGAUCACAUGUACAGAUACCACGUCCACACGCAAACAUGGCUGAUCCUCGAGGAGAGCGGCCUGGCGCGGCACCUCCACUCUGCGGUGCUGCUGAGCGGCACGGUGCUGGUUUUCGGGGGAAACACUCACAACGACACGUCGCUGAGCAGUGGAGCCAAGUGCUUCUCUGCAGACUUCAUGGCGUACGAUAUCGCUUGUGACGAGUGGACUGUCCUUCCCAGACCAGGUCUGCACCGGGACGUCAACCGCUUUGGACAUUCUGCUGUAGUUAGCAAUGGUUCCAUGUACAUCUUUGGAGGCUUUUCGGGCCUCCUUCUGAACGACGUGCUGGCCUACACCCCUCCGUCCUGCCCGGCCUUUUCUAACUCAGCUUUGUGUGCUGCUGCCGGUCCGGGCCUUCGCUGCCAUUGGUUCAAAGACAGAUGUGUCCCCUGGGAGCCAAAACCAGCUGAACUCAUUUUUCCUGCUCCGUUUUGCCCUCCGCGACCUGACAGCACAGAUGAUCAGUGUUUCCGGUUCUCAGACUGUGCGAGCUGCACCGCCAACACACGGGGUUGUCAGUGGUGUGAGGACAGGAAGUGUAUCUCGGCAUCCAGUAACUGCACCGUGCUGACUCUGGAGUUGGCCCAGCAGCAUGGCGGCGCUCUGUCUCUGUCUCCCCCGCCAUCCAUGUUGUCUGAGCAUCAGCUGAGCUUGUGGAAGCACGGAGCCAGAAGGAGGGGACAUUCGGUGAAGGACUCGUCCAGGUGUAAGCGCAGGGAGGAGCAGGAGUGUUUCAGACUGGCCAACUGCAGGAGCUGCUCCCUCAAUGCCAACUGUCAGUGGGAGCAGCAGCAGCAGGAGUGUCAAGCGCUGCCUGGCCAGCUGUGUGGGGAGGGCUGGCACCAUGUCGGGGAGGCCUGCCUGAGGAUCAACUCCAGCAGAGAGAGCUAUGAUAACGCCCAGCACUACUGCAAAAACCUGGGAGGAAAUAUAGCAUCUUUGCUGACGGACAAACAGGUCAAUUUUGUCCUGGAAGAACUACAAAAAUACCAGAUGCAAGACAAGAGGUUAUCUCCCUGGGUUGGCUUGAGGAAGAUCAACGUGUCGUACUGGGGCUGGGAGGACAUGUCCCCCUUUACCAACACCAGUCUGCAUUGGCUGCCUGGAGAACCCAGCGACUCAGGCUUCUGUGCCUACCUGGAGAGGGCACACAUGGCUGGUCUGAAGGCCAACCCCUGCACAUCCACCACUGACGGCCUCAUCUGUGAAAAACCUGCAGGGAGUCCACAGAGUCAGAGCGCUCGUCCCUGUAAGACGCCCUGCUCUCUGCGCACCACCUGUGCCAACUGCACCAGCCAGGCCAUGGAGUGCAUGUGGUGCAGCAAUACGCAGCGCUGCGUCGACUCCUCGGCGUACGUCAUCUCCUUCCCCUACGGACAGUGUCUGGAGUGGCAGACCCAGGACUGUACUGCCCAGAACUGCUCCGGUCUGAGGACGUGUGCAGAGUGCCUGGAGAGGGCAGAGUGCGGUUGGUGUGGUGAUCCCACUAACACCGGAAGGGGUGUUUGCAUGGAGGGCUCCUACCGAGGGCCCCUGAAGCCCGCUAGUGUCAGGGCUGGGCCCCGAGACAGACUACGAGACAAGGACAUGGUGCUGGACCAGAGUCUCUGUUCAUCUGAUAGAGGCUACAACUGGGCCUUCAUCCAAUGUCCAGCGUGUCAGUGUAACGGCCACAGCAGGUGUGUGAACGGCAGCGUGUGUGAGCACUGUGGGAAUCUGACAGCUGGGACACACUGCCAGAGCUGCAUGCCCGGCUACUACGGCGACCCCAUCAACGGAGGGAAGUGCAACGCGUGCAAGUGUAACAGCCAUGCCAACGUGUGCCACGUCAACACGGGGAAAUGUUUCUGUACCACUAAGGGCAUCAAGGGAGACCAGUGUCAGCUAUGUGACUCAGAAAACCGUUACCUUGGCAACCCUCUCCGAGGAACAUGCUAUUACAACCUGUUGAUUGAUUACCAGUUUACCUUCAGCUUGCUUCAGGAAGAUGACCGCCACUACACUGCCAUCAACUUCAUGGCUACACCUGAACAGGCCAACAAGAACCUCGACAUGUCCAUCAACGCCUCGAACAACUUCAACCUCAACAUCACUUGGUCCUUAAGCUCGACAGCUGGAACCAUCUCAGGUGAGGAGAUGCCCAUCAUAGCGAGGACCAACAUCAAGGAGCACCGUGACAGCUUCUCAUGUGAAAAGUUCAACUUCAGACUUCACCACAACAUCACCUUCUACGUCUACGUCACCAACUUCAGCUGGCCAAUCAAGAUCCAGAUUGCUUUCUCUCAGCACAACAGCAUCAUGGACCUGGUGCAGUUCUUCGUCACCUUCUUCAGCUGUUUCCUGUCUCUCUUACUGGUUGCUGCUGUGGUUUGGAAAAUCAAACAGACCUGCUGGGCCUCACGACGUAGAGAGCAGCUGAUGAGAGAGCGACAGCAGAUGGCCAGUCGUCCCUUUGCUUCGGUUGCUGUAGCGAUGGAGGUGGGCGGUGACCAAGAGGAGCUGCUACAGGCGGUGCCGAAGCCCAUCGCCAUGGAGCCAUGCUGGGGGAGCAGAGCGGGCGUCCUGACGGUGCUGCUGUACCUGCCCAGAGCCUCAUCGGGAAUACCUCCACCUGGACAGUCUGGUAUUGCUAUAGCCAGCGCGCUGGUAGACACGUCACAACAACGCGUGAUGGACCUCAAAGAAAGAGGCCUGGGACUGAAGUACCGCAAACACACCGUGCACCACCAAGGGACCUGCGUGUGAACAGGAUGCCCCCGGCAAGGAGGCGACACAUCAGCUGUUUCACUGGAGAUUUUCUCUCUGCCUUUAGAGAGGGGGACACAUUGUAAACAAAGACAAAGCCCACACAAACUGUUUUUGGAUGCUCUUAGAUAGCAGCUUGAAUGGAGUGGAAAUGUGUCCAGUGUUUCAUCAACACACACUCAAACUGGGGGGAAAACAUUGUACAUGUGGUCCCUUUCUUACCCAAACCAGAUGGAAAACCUCCACAUCAACAUGUUUUUGUCCCUUGUGUGUCUAUACUGAGGAGCCAGGAAAACAAAAAAAUGGAAACGUGCAAAUUGAUGAGAGUUUCUACACCACGGCUUUAAAUUCACUGCGAGAGCUGGCAGACUCUUCCACUUACAUGCCAUGUGGCUCUGCAUCUCCAGGGCUCUACUUGUCUGUCAUGCAGUCUGCCAUAUUGACAGAGAAAAACACUUGUCUUACACCAGUAAACCAAACUAAAUGACAUUGAGCUCCUGUGAAAGAUAUUGAGCUGAAAUUAACUGAGCUGAAAUGAAGUCCUCCUGACUUACAAACACACUCGGCCUCAGGAGCCACAAUAAAAAACGCUGUAGUGGGUGGCUUCCCGUGAUAAGGGUUUGCCUGAGGUGAAAGUCUCCGGGGAAUUUUUAAGACUACUGCUGCUGAGAUGUUAAACAACUGCAUCUGGCUCCGAACAUCUGGAUGCAACUGUUUCUUAAAUAUGUGUAAUUCUUGCGUUUCCCUGCACCAACAUCUCUUACAUGUUGACAUGUGCUCAGGUCCUCUGUAACGGAAAAGGGUCCACGAUCUGUAGCUCUGGGCCACGUCUGUAUAUGCACUAGAAGUGAAAUGCUUUAGCAGAACAUUAGGACCCUCCGUGGGAUAUUAAUAUGCAACUGAUCAUCCAAAUGUAAGGUUUAUUACAGGCUGCGAUGCAACAUCAAGGUCGGUAUCAUCACAUACGUACUACUGAUGGUAUUCAUGUGGCUAUUCAUUCAGUUAUUACUGUGAAGUCAUGACCUCCACUUAAUGUUCAUUUGUGAUACAAACUUAUGUAACAUAUCUUAAUAUUUAUUAAUUAUGCAAAUUACAGUACAACAAUAAUUUAGCAAGUAUUACAAAUGCACUAUGGAUUUUUUUUUUUAAAACAGGAAGAUUGACUGAUUUUACACAGCAAGUCUCUGCACUAUUCUUUUGUUAGUUUGUACCCUCAGUGUCUUUUUGUCAAAUAUUAUAUUUUCCGCAUGGCGAGUGGGCGAUGUCAGAAGAGUUGUUCCCUUUACCGACUGUGUUAAACCUUCAUUAAAUGUUAUAAAGUUACUUUUUAUCAGCUGCACACUACAUGUACGUCUUCAUGCACACAUGCUGUCGAAAUACAGAACCUGAUUGUUUUCAUUCAGGCGUUUUGUUUUCAUGUAAUUUUGCACCAGUUCCUUGUUCAGACUUUUAUUAACAAAGGGCAGCUCACCACACUGUUUUUGUCUAUAUGAGCAUAAAUGUGUACAUUUACAAUUAAAACGUUUUGAUGCCUCUUCGUAUGGUAUUUGGA